GGAGAGCGCGAGGGGCGCGGCGUCUUCCGGCUCGCCAACGGCGACGUCUACGACGGCGAGUGGAAGGCGGGAAAGCGUGAGGGGCGCGGCGUCGAGCGGCACGCCGACGGCAGCGUCUACGAGGGCGAGUUCAAGGCGGGUAAGAAGGAGGGGCGCGGCGUCUACCGGCACGCCAACGGCAAUGUCUACGACGGCGAGUACAAGGCGGGUGAGAGGGAGGGGCGCGGCGUCAUGCGGUACCCCGACGGCAGCGUCUACGACGGCGAGUGGAAGGCGGAUAAGAAGGAGGGGCGCGGCGUCUUCCGGUUGGCCGACGGCAACGUGGUGUCGGUCUUCUUCAAGCAGGAUGCCCCCGUCGGCGAGGGCGUCGUG